AUGGAAGGUAAAAUUCUAACAGACCCAGAACUAUUCAAGGACGAGUUUGCUGAGGAAUAGCAGACUAUCCGUAAGAAGAACCUAAAUAUAAAGUUUUUGGAAUAAGAGAACACUAAUCUAAAAAACAGAAUGGGUGAUUUGGAGAAGACAGUCAAGAUAAAUAAAGAGAUUAUUGGUGCGCUAGUUGAUGCCACCAUUAACUAGGAGUACAAGGGCUGCUUUGAACUGUUCUAGUAGGAGAUUAAAAACCAAAUGGCCUAGGCUGAAAAGCAGCAGAAAAUCAUGGAGGGGUUACAUGCCUAGAUCCUGAUCAGCGAUCAAAUCAAGGAAGAGUUUCAGAAUAGAGAGUGUGAGAUGUCCAGAAUGUUUGAGGGCCAAAUUAGCGAGCUGAAGGAUACUGUCGAACGCAAGGAAUACUCGUUGUAAGUUGUAGAAAAAAGAGUGAAAGAGUACGAGUACCUGCUUUAGGAGAUCGCAGUAUAUGACGACUAUGUAAAGUCAAAGCUGGAUGAACUAAACAUCCAGGAUGCUAGUAAUAGUUAGUAGGAGCUCAAAAUUUCAAAUGUCGUAUUUCAAAAUAAGAAAUUACAACUAUAAUUAGACGUGGCUAAUAUGGAAAUUUAAAAUUUGAGACAACUAUUGGAGGCAAUGAGUGAUCUUCAUCAAAAUUUAAGAUCAGAUGCUUCAACUACUGAUAUCUAAAUCCUUAAUUAACUCUUAAAUAAGAAAAAUCAGCAAAUGCAAAACAAUCAAGCCCAUCCAAAUGUGUCUAACGGCACUAACGACUUAGCCUCAGUAAAGUUAUUCAAGCGUAUGACAACUCUUAAAAAAGAAAAUAAUGAUUUUGAAAAGGAAAAUAGAUAACUAAAGGAAAAACUUGAUGAUCUGUAUUUCCUGAAUCAAAAGCUUGAUGAAGCCUUAAGAAUGGCCAACGAGUAAAACAUGACUAAAAAUGAUUAAGAACACUAAUACAACUUUUACAUUGAAAAUGCAAAUACUGGUGAUAGUACAAUGAAUAACAAACUAAGUACUUCACACAGAAGAAGGAUCUCAUUUGAUCCUAAAUUCCUAGCACAGGCUAGUCCAUCAUAAGUAUAAAGCUUUAAAGCUAGUCUUAUAGAGGGUAGAAUAGAUCAAGCUUCAAUUAUGUUUGACGUCUCUGAUUUCUAAGAUUCUUGA